AUGCAUCAAAAUGUGACAGAGGUGACCGAGUUCCUCCUGCUGGGACUGACCGAUGACCCACACCUGCGGCUUCCCCUCUUCAUCACCUUCCUCCUCAUCUACACCCUCACCAUGGCUGGGAACCUGGGGAUGCUCCUGCUGAUCCUCCUGGACCCUCGUCUGCACACUCCCAUGUACUGUUUCCUGGGUAACCUGUCCCUGGUGGACUUUGGAUACUCCUCAGCUGUCACUCCUACAGUCAUGGCCGGGCUGCUUACAGGAGACCAGGUCCUUUCCUAUGCUUCCUGUGCUACUCAGCUGUUCUUUUUUGCAGCCUUUGCUACCGUGGAAAAUUACCUCUUGGCCACGAUGGCCUAUGACCGCUAUGCAGCAGUGUGCAGGCCCCUGCACUACACCUCCACCAUGACAACAGGAGUGUGUGCCUUUAUGGUCACAGCCUCCUACAUCUGCGGUUUCCUGACAGCCUCCAUCCAUGUUGGGGACAUAUUCAGUCUCUCCUUCUGUAACUCCACUGUGGUCCAUCACUUUUUCUGUGAUGUUCCAGCAGUUCUGGUUCUCUCCUGCUCUGAUAGACAUGUCAGUGAGCUAGUAGUUGUCUAUGUUGUAGGUUUUAACGUCUUUUUUGCUCUUCUUGUUAUCUUGAUAUCCUACAUCUUCAUUUUUGGCAUCAUCCUCACAAUGCACUCAGCUGCAGGACAUAGCAAGGCUCUGUCCACCUGUGCCUCCCACUUCACUUCCGUCUCCAUAUUCUACGGAACGGCCAUCUUCAUGUACCUGCAGCCCAGCUCCAGUCACACCAUGGACACUGCCAAAAUUUCAUCCGUAUUUUACACCAUGGUGAUCCCCAUGUUGAACCCACUGGUCUACAGCCUGAGGAACAAGGAGGUCAAAAGGGCUUUCACAAAAAUUAUUUUUGGGAAAUAUGAUUGUUAA